UCUCGCGAGAGUUUUCAAGCACUCGUUGCCCCGGUAACGAAGCUAAACGCCUGCCGCCCUGUGUUUUUAGCUAGCUAGUAAAUUUAGUCAGAUAAGUCUUACACACUAAGUUUAGUUUAGAUACGGUAGUUCUAAGCAUUUAAUUUUAUGAUGGGUUUUGAUUAUUAUGAGACGCUGGAAAUAAACAGAAAUGCAAACGACGCAGAUAUCAAAAAGGCAUAUCGACGUCUUGCACUGAAGUUUCACCCGAGCAGAACCAGAGAAGCUGGAAGUACAGAGAAGUUCAGUCAGCUAGGUGAAGCCUACGAUGUUUUGAGCGACCCUCGAAAAAAGGCAACCUAUGACAAGUUUGGUGAGGAGGGUUUAAAAGGUGGCAUCCCAGCUGAGUUUGGCAGCGGUGGGGCUUGGUCAUCUAGAUAUGCCUACCACGGGAAUCCAGACAAAACAUUCAGACAGUUUUUCGGAGGCGACAACCCAUUUGCGGACUUCUAUACAAAUGAUGAACCACUACAGUUUGGUGGCCUGCAACCAGGAGUAGUGAAGACACAAGAUCCCUCAAUAGAGAGAGACCUUCAUUUGGCCCUAGACGAUCUCUUUAAUGGAUGCACAAAAAAGAUGAAGAUAUCCCGCAGGGUUAUGAAUGAGGAUGGAUUUACAUCUAGUAUCAAAGACAAAAUACUAACUAUAGAUGUAAAGCCUGGGUGGAAAGAAGGCACAAGAAUCAUUUUUUCCAAAGAAGGAGAUCAGGUACAAAAAAAACAACUCCACAACACAAUUUUCUGUUGUGAUUUAAGACAGCUAUCAGAAAGGUCACUAAUGACUCAUCUAAUCUGCUGUCUGUGGAGCAACAUUGUGUUUUCACUGGACAUUAUGCAUUGCCACCAAAUAGUGCGACAAAAGAAUCAUCCUCUGUUUGUAAGACAGCAUAAUGACCUGUUCUACAAGGCCCAGAUCUCUCUGGAGAUGGCCUUGACUGGUUUCUCUGUGGAUGUGGAGACACUAGACGGAAGGCUACUCUGUAUUCCCAUCAAUGACAUUGUGCACCCUACAUACAAAAAAACAGUGACAGGAGAGGGAAUGCCGCUGUCCCAGGAUCCAUCCCAGAGAGGAAACCUCAUUAUCACCUUUGACAUCCAGUUUCCAGAGAAGCUCUCUGCUGAGAGGAAGCACCUGAUCAAACAAGCUCUAGCUUUGAAGUGUUGAUCACAUUUUAAAUACAUUGCUGUUCUACUACUACUGAUUUUUUGUAAUUACAUUUUGUAAUUUUUACAAUCUUUUGAGAUGAAAGAUACACUAGGAGGCAAUAAAAAUCAAAAAAAAUA